AAGUAAAACAUUCUCAAACAAACGAAUUACAGGUCAGUGAGACUCAAACAAAUAAGUUAGCAACUGACAAUCUGCAAAUAAAUGAGCGUCAGACAAAUGGUUUGCAAAGGUUCAUACGAAUAUAACGCAUUCAACAGAAUAUGUAAAUGAGUGAGCAGUAAACCGAUUGGGCUUGAUCCAAUGAGAGUGACCCUGAUAAAUUUUAAACCAAUGGCCUUCCAGUCCGCUAACUUUUAACCCCUCUGAAGGUCCCGGAAAUCGCGAGCUCGUUCUGGCGCCUAGUCGUCUCCAGGGACCGGCAGUUAUUCUGAAAAGAAACUUUUAGUGCUUGUGUCGCCCACGAAUGGAGUGGGUUUGAGGGAGAAAUAUAAGCCGUUUUAGAAGCGGUAUUGGCUAGAUCACACGUAUAAAUCAUAAUGUUAAUGUGUACACCCCUACAAACACUUUAAAAAGUCGAUCAACAGGGAAUUAUGUAAUUUAUUUGCACGAGGUGCUGCGCUAAAUUGUGGAGGCCCCUAAGUUGUGCAAGAGCGCGCUGCUGCCGCGUUUCAAAGUCCUGGUAAAUUACCGUGGUGCACACGCGCGAGGGGCUCCAUUUGUGGUUUUUCCUGUUCCUCACAACAACAACAUCAUCAUGUCUCAGUGGAGGGAAAUGGAGCCAAGUGAGCUCAGGAGGCAGUACUCCCCCAGCGAGUGGUCGCCCAGGAUGUCUGCGGAUGACGUGAUAAAGGCCCACGUGGCUGCGCUCCAACAAGGUACGGAGAGGGCUCGUGCUGUGGCCCAGACCCUGCUGGACGUGCCCUACGGAGACGGAGAUGGGGAAAAGCUGGACGUUUACGUGCCCAGCAAUCCCUCUCUAGAGAUGCCCUUAGUGAUCUACAUUCAUGGAGGAUACUGGCAGUUCCUCAGCAAGGAAGAGUCAGGGUUCUUGGCGGCGCCGCUGGUGCAGAGGGGUGUCGCUGUCGUGGCUGUGGGCUAUGAUAUCGCCCCCAAAGGGAAUAUGGACCUGAUGGUGUCUCAGGUGCGCCAGAGCGUGGUGUCCGUCGUCCAGCAGUACUCCCACAUCAGUGGUCUGUACCUGUGCGGUCACUCGGCGGGGGCGCACCUGGCCGCCAUGGUCCUCUGCACGGACUGGUCCCAGUACAGCGUCACUCCCCAGAUCAAAGGCGCGUUCCUCGUCAGCGGUGUUUACGACCUGCUGCCCAUCCUCUCGACCUACGUCAACGAACCUCUGAAGAUGACAGAGGAGGUUGCCCUGAGGAACAGCCCCAGCCAGUUGGUGAGCCAGCUGAAGAACUCCUCCUCGGCAUGCGACAUCGUGGUGGCCGUGGCUCAGAAUGACUCCCCCGAGUUCAGGAAACAGUCGGAGGACUAUUUCAGGGUGCUGGAAUCCUCAGGACUCAAGGUCUCUUUUGAAGACGUUCCCAACACGGACCAUUUCAACAUCAUCGAGCAGCUGGUGGAGCCAAACUAUCAUCUCACGCAACUCCUGUUGAAGAUGAUGGGCAGAAGUUAAGAGCACGACACGGGAGCGGCACGUACCCACAAUGCAACACCUGCCUCCGCGCAGCACUUCCACCUCGAGGCCACUUCUCUGCACUCGUCCGUUAGUCUCGGACUGUAGGGUUGUCUGCUGUCAUCCUCUGAGCUCUUUUGGCUUAGUUUCCCUUCUCACACAGCACUUAUUACCUGUUUCUCAAACUGUCCUCUUAAAUGUCUCAGUUUUGUUGUUUCCUCGAUGACUAGAUUGUUAUAACUCAUGUAACACCAGUGUCAUCUCAAAAUACGUACAUUCUUGCACCCAUCUUAAUCUAUAAAGCAUGUACUGCGCAUUCUGAAACAUCUCAAAUCAUGCAGACUACAAAUAAUGCAUAGUGCCUUUUGAAGUUAGCAGGAAAAGGAGAAAUAACUGAACGAGUAAUAUACUGUAUAUUUUUGCAUGGGAUAAGAAAUCCUAUUAUGUCUAUAUUUGAAUGGAUUAUUUGAAACAUCAGUGUAUCUAUUGCUUUAAAAAUUGCAUUCUAAUAAUGAAUAAUUCUGCAAUUCUUGAUGGUGCUCACCAUGUAGAAAUGACACAUUUUGUGAAUUCUGAUUGUAACUGUAUUUUUUUGGGGGAGGAAUCAUGAUUAAUAAA